AUGAAUUCCGCUGGCAAUCACAAUGCCAAGUGCUCUCGGCACAGUGACAGUGACUGUGACAAGGCCGCCGCGCGUGAGGUUAUCAAGGCGCACGACUCCGAGAUCGAUCGACGGCGGCAGGGAAAUGGGGAUGGGGACCGGGCUAGAGACGGCACUUAUGGUUUACCCCUGAACUCUAAUGCUAUUGGCUCCGUACUAGAUGUAGCUGACUACGAAAAAUUGCGGGCAAAGGUUGUCUCUCGAGAAGAUGAGCUGUCGUUUGAUGCUCGGUAUCGGUCCCGGGCGAGUGAUAUGGAGCGCCGUGUUGAUGAGAUUAUUCGACGUGUGCGAAAAGAAGACGAGAUUCUUUUUUCUGGGCAGGUGCCUCGCAAAGGGUAUCACGGCCAGCUGCACCCGCGGUUUGCGGGCGAUCACUUCUUAUCCAAUGUUGACUUGAUUGGCGAGACAGGCUUAUUCAAGAUUGCUUCCAUGAUGCCCAAAGGCGCUCAUCUGCAUAACCAUUUCAAUGCUUGUUUACCGCCCUACGUGCUGCUUGACAUUGCAAAGGGCAUGGAUCGCAUGUUUAUAACAAGUAACAUCCCCCUUAUCUGCAAAGGCAAGGGCGAGGAUAAAUUUGAGAAUUUUGACAAGUGCGAGAUACAGUUCUCCAUCAUGAGUCCCGAUAAGGAGGACGCUGGCGACCUAUUCUCUCCUAGAUACCAGUCCAGGCAAACAAUGAAAUUCUCAGAGUUUUUGAAUCGCUUUUCAACGUACUAUACCAGAGCGGAUGUUGGUACUGAUGACAAAACUAAAGCUGAUAAGUGGUUGCUACACAAACUCCUUUUUCAAGAGGAAGAGGCUUAUGAUCACUUACAAACGGCGUCUGGUGCCUGGGAAAAGUUCAACGGGAGAACACGGAUGAUGAAAGGCCUCUUCAACUACGUGACUGCUUACCGAUCUUAUACCCGUCAGUGCCUUGAAGACUUCGCCCGAGACAAUAUUCAGUAUGCCGAGAUACGGCCUACUAUGAUGGCGAGCAAUUACAUUUACAGUGAUGACGGAUCGACGACGAUUGAUAACGAGGGUAUUAUGGAGAUUAUCAUUAAAGAAGUGGAGGAUUUCCAAAGAGCCAAAGCUCAGGAAAACAAGUUCUUUGGGGGCCUCAAGGUUAUCUACUGCACACCAAGAUCAAUGCUACCCGAGCAGGUUAAAGAUGCUCUUGAUGAAUGCAGAAGGUUUAAGAAGAAGUGGCCGAGAUGGAUUGCAGGUUAUGAUCUUGUUGGUGAAGAGGCAAAAGGCUAUCCUAUCAGGGAAUUCAUUCCGCAGCUUCUCGACUUCAGGAGGAAAUGUGCCGAGGAAAACCUUGAUAUACCUUUCCUCUUUCACUGUGGCGAGACGCUAGAUUUAGGUACCGAGACGGAUGGAAAUCUAGUCGACGCUCUGUUACUAGGUUCAAAGCGAAUAGGGCAUGGCUUUGCGCUAGCAAACCAUCCAUACAUCAUGCAGCAGAUGAAAGCGAAAGGCAUAUGCCUGGAGCUGUGUCCUAUUUCGAAUGAGAUCCUAGGACUUACGCCAAGGGUCAAUGGACAUACAAUGUACCAACUGCUUGCGAAUAAUGUGCAUUGCACUGUCAACUCUGACAACGGCGCACUUUUUAGAUCCUCUUUAUCGCAUGACUUUUACCAAGUCAUGGUGGGGAAGAAAAGCAUGGGGCUAUAUGGAUGGAAGCAACUUGUCAUGUGGAGCCUCGAACAUGCGUGCUUAGAGGACGAGGAGAGGAAAGAUAUAACGAGGCAUUGGGAGAUGCUGUGGAGGGAGUUCCUGAUUAAUGUAAUCGAAUGGUAUGAGAAGAGAGAGAGAGAAACGGCUGUUGAGGAGAAGUCCAAGAUGUGA